AUGACUAUCCAGGAGAAAAUCCUCUUGGAACUCGAUAAACGUGGGACCCUGAGCUCCUUGGAACUUGCAAAUGAAUGGGACAUAGAUCAUCAACUGGUUGUGGGUGCUUUGAAAAGCCUUCAAAGCCUUGGCGAUAUCAUUACCUGUGAACAGAUAUCGGAGACAUUUUAUGAAUUGACAAACGAAGGAAAGCAAGUCCUAGCCGAUGGUAGUCAUGAGUUCCGGGUAUACUCGCUUGUGUCAGACACGGGGAUUUCUCAACGUGAGCUCCUGGGAACGUUUCCAAAUGCGAAAAUUGGACUAAACAAAGCAUUAGCAGCAAAGUGGGUGACUAUGAAGAAGACAGACACUGGAGAGACGAUGGUUCAUCGUUUGGCCACAAACGUGGAGGACACUCUUCAGGGAGAUUUGAUGUCAGUAGUGAACGACAAGAGUAGCGGUGGUAUUCCCGAGAGCAUGAAAAAUGAGUUAAAGAAACGGAAAUUGAUUACUGAAAUGAAGCGAACAAGGUAUCUUAUUGAAAAAGGCCCCGCGUUCUCCUUGGAGAUUGGCAAAGAAGAAACUGAUGUUUCGUCAGAUAUGAUAGCCAAUGGGGCUUGGAGUACUGCACGUUUCAAGCCAUACAACUUCAAAGCUCUCGGGUCGAGUCUCCCCUCGGGUCACCUUCACCCGCUGCUUCGAGUUCGAUCGGAAUUCGCAAAAAUUCUGGCCGAUAUGGGCUUUUCCGAGAUGCCUACGAACAACUAUGUGGAGUGUGGAUUUUGGAAUUUUGAUAGUCUUUUUCAACCACAGCAACAUCCCGCUCGUGAUGCUCAUGAUACCUUUUUCAUUUCCGGUAAGUGUAACUAUGUCGUCUGUGUGUGUGUGUUCACCGGUGGUAUGACUUCAUCUCGUUCCCUCAAACAAUCGUGA